AUGAACAGCCUCCAGACCUUUCCGGCACCGCCGGUAGAAAUCUUUGUCGACACCCGCGGGGCCAAGAUCAUGGAGGACGGCGCCUCGAGCCCGGACCAGCGAGACAGCCGCGACAUCUACCUGCCCAACCACAUCGAGGCCGUCUCGCACAUCGCCGUCGACGUCGGCGGUUCGCUGGCCAAGGUCGUCUACUUUACCCGCUCCCGCUCCACCUCGGACCGCUCGCCCUUUCAGAGCCCCACGGCGUCGCCCGAGCUGCCCUCCCACGGCCACGGCCACGGCUACGGCUACGACCGCAACAUGCCCAGCGGCACCCUCACGCCCACCGCCAUCCUGCGCUCGCCCAACGUGUGCGCGCCCUCGAUCCACUCGACGCUCCUCAAGCGCAGGUCGCUGCCCGCCGCGCUGCCCGGCGGCCGCCUCAACUUUGUCAAGUUCGAGACGGGCGACAUCGAGUCGUGCGUUCGCUUCCUGCGCGAGCUCAUCGAGCGCAGCGCCCGCGCCAACGGCGUCUCGAUCGACGACAUGCGCCGGGGCGUCAAGCUCAUGGCCACCGGCGGCGGAGCCCACCUCUUCUACGACCUCUUCGAGGCCGAGCUGGGCAUCGAGGUGCAGCGCGAGGACGAGAUGGCCUGCCUCAUCACCGGCCUCAACUUCAUCACCCUCAUCCCGGACGAGGUGUUCUGGUACAGCGACGAGCUCGUCGCCGCGCUCCACAGCCCGCUGCCCGCCUCGGCCGAGGCGCGCGCCGACGCCCAGGCGCUCCGCUCCAGCAUCCCGCUCCAGCAGCCGCUGCCCCGCCCCAGCCCCAAUCCGCCGCUCUACGCGCCCGUCUUUGAUUCGCACCCGUCGCCCAAGCUGCCCUGCCUGCUGGUCAACAUCGGCUCCGGCGUCAGCAUCAUCAAGGUCGACGAUUUCGGCAAGUUUGAGCGCGUCAGCGGCACCAGCCUCGGCGGCGGCACGCUGUGGGGCCUGCUGAGCCUCCUCACCGACGCCGACAGCUUCGACGAGAUGCUCGAGCUGUCCGAGCAGGGCGACAACGCCAACGUCGACAUGAUGGUCGGCGACAUCUACGGCUCCGUCGGCCUCAACCACCUCGGACUCAAGUCGUCGACGAUCGCCUCGUCGUUUGGCAAGGUCUUUCGCAAGGACCGAAGCGACCCGGACCCGCCGCGCGACGCCCACAGCAGGCGCAAAAAGUUCCGCCAGGAGGACAUCUGCAAGAGCCUCCUCUACGCCAUCAGCAACAACAUCGGGCAGAUUGCCUACAUGAACGCGGAAAAGUACAACCUCGACCGCAUCUACUUUGGCGGCUGCUUUAUCCGGGGCCACCAGGCGACGAUCUCGACGCUGUCGUACGCCAUCCGCUUCUGGAGCAAGGGCACCAAGCGCGCCUUUUUCCUGCGCCACGAAGGCUACCUGGGCGCCAUCGGGGCGUGGAUCAAGCACGUGGGCGUGGAGCCGCCGACGCCGUCGAGCCAAGGUUCGACGUUCCCCGUGGCGACCGAGGCGAGCAGCACGAGCUCGACGGGCAGCAGCAGCCCAUCCGGGUUCGAGGGCGGCGGCUUCCCGUUCUCGGCUCCGCCUGCGGGUGCCGAGCCGGCGCUGUCGCCGAUUGUCGAGAGGCCCGAGACGUCGCGGACGGCGUCGUCGUCCAAGGUGGACCGUGCGCUGCUGGGCCCGGUGCUGGCGAUGGGGGCGGACGCGGGCGAGCGGGCGGCGCGGGGGGAUACGGAGGUGUCGGUCGAGGAGCUGAUGCGGCGGUUCGAGGCGGCCGAGGGCGCCGCCGACGGCAUAGAGGGGCGGCUCGACGCGUUGCUGGAAAAGCUCGACGGGAUGCUCGAGUCGGGCGAUGUCGAUGUCGAUGUCGAUGGCGAUCAGGAGGUGGUGGCGGCGGCGGCGGCGGUCAGGGGACCGCCAUCCGCUCCGCAGCGGUGA